AUAAAACAAUAAAAGAUACGGAUAAUUAAGACUAUCAAAUUUAAAGAAAAAUUCCAUGUUUAUCGCAGUCGGGUAGUAUACAUUUACAUCAAAUAAUUAGAUGAUGAGUAGGUGCCGUUUGUGUUUGCCGUAAAAAUAGCGAUAUGUUCUUUGACGAGGUCACAUGAAUAUUUUUUCGGAAAAACAAACGUUUUUACCUGAAUCGGAGCACAAAAUUCCUACAAUUCUGAGGUUGGUCUCAGUCUCUCGACAAGUACUGAUCGAGCAGUACGAGACAGUUAAAACGGCGCGGAAAGUUCAAGUUACGAAGUAUUGUGUUUUCUUUAAUCAUGUCAGAAAACCGAAGGAAGAGAAGAACUUUCCUCUCGGUGCAACACAAGAACGAGAUUGUUGAAGAAUUGAAGAGAGGGAUGUCAGUGAAAUAUUUAGCUCGUCAGUAUGGAGUUUCGCGAGAUGUCAUACAUAGUAUUUGUCGCGAGAACGAACACUUGAUACGUCUUAGAAAGCGAAGAGGCCAUUCAUCAAAACAUAAAAAUCGAAGAAGAUCUUUGAACGAAGAAGUGGAAGAUUGUUUGUAUGCGUGGAUCCUGGAUCAACAAGCAAUAGGGGCAGAAUUAACUGAUCCAUUAAUACAAGAGAAAGCAAUCGAACUGUGUGGUGAACAGGAAGGAAGUUCGCUUACUGGAGACAAGAGAUGGUUAGCCGAAUUUAAGAGCCGAUAUAAAGUCGGCGCAGUGCGAGUUCGUAGAGCAGAAACAGCUUCAAGAGAGGAAAUUGAAGAAAGAAUCAGAGAUGUUUCCAACGAAAAUUACAAUGAGGAGGAAGUUGAUGAAUAUGACAUUUAUGAUGAAGAUCCUGUAGGAAGGUUUGACGAUGAUGAAGGUAUUCCAGAAAAUGAGCAAGAAGAAGAGAUAAGCGAAGAAAUAAACGAAGGAGAAGAAGACGAAAACGAAGCAGCAGAAACGGACAAAUCGGAAUUAAGUUUGAUAACAAGAAAGAAGACAGAUUUAAACUUGCUUAGAGAAAUUAUAAGGAAAUACGCGUAUAAUAAUCGAGCGGUGUUAGUAAUGGGAGAAGCAAUAAUAAACAUUUUAUACAAUGACAUGGCAUAGACGAAGGAAAGCCUUCCUUCAGUAAUCAUAACUUAAAAAGACUAUUUUCUGUCAAACAAAAGUAGAGGAAGAUGGAAAGUAAAUUUACUCAAACAUUAAUUUAAAGACUCAAUCUUCGUUUAUCUAGCUUCAAUCGACAAUCCUUAUUUGGAUAUUACUAUAUGUUUCAUUAUGAUUCGGAUCAAAAUCGGUUAACUUGGGUGAUCGUUACUCAAAAUCGAAAUAUCGUAAAAUGUUUUCCAAAUGUUUUCCAUCUUGUUCUAAACAGUAGUAUGAUCUAUUUUCAAAUUCAACUGUUUUUAAAAUAAAGCAAUGUCGUAAAA